AUGGUCUCCAAGCUCUUCUUCUUUCUUGCAUGCGCAGCAGCCUCGCCACUCAUCAAGCGUGACAACAACAAAGUCGUUGAGCAUCUCGACAACAUUGGCACGUCCAUCGAUGCGCUCAACACGGAUCUCUCAUCAUACUCUGGCAACCCGUUAAGCUUGGCAGCCAUCAAACUCAAGACUUCUGCCAAUAGUCUUGCAGACGUCAUGGGUAAAGCUGUUUCAGAUGUCAAGUUGGAACCCACACCCAUGAGUGAAGCUGAAGCAGGUGAGCUACUCAAAGCCGUCAACAGGAUCAAGCCUAAAGUCAAGACUAUUACUGAUACGGUCAUGGGCAAAGAUUUCGGUGCGAUCAAGCCGAUUGUGAAGAGCGAGAUGUCGAAGUUCAAGGAUGUUGAGACGGAGUUGGAGAAGGAGCUUGUCAACCGGGUGCCUGUUGCAUUGCAGGGAGAAGCAAAGAAUCAGGGAGAAGAGAUGAAGGCGAGCUUCAACGCUGCGAUCACAAAGUUAGUUCCGAUAGAUUCUCUACCGAGACGAAUAGAGCUACCGAAACGUGGUCAUCGUGGUCCUAAGUCAAAACACGGUUGUCGACAAUGCAAGACGCGCCGCAUCAAAUGCUCCGAAGAAAAGCCAGUAUGUUUGCAAUGUUCAAAGAAGAGCAUGACCUGUGAAUAUGGACCGAGUCAGGCGAUUGCUACAGCGACAACCUCCAAUGCUUCGACGCCUCGACCGCAAAGUGUCUCCGCAACCUCAGGCGCAAGUCCAAUUUCUGCGCUGGGUAGAUCGCCAGGAGAGCCUGCAGAUGAAGAAACGAUGUUGACAGAGGUCUUCUUUGCAACGACGACUCACCUCUUCUCCAUUUACACAGGACCUUGCAAUCCCUUCAUGAGACUGCGCAAGUAUAUACCGCAUUCGCGAGCCUUGCAUCUGGCAGCACAGGCCAUGGCGGCUUUCACCAUCUCUGGAAAUCAAUCCAGCGAUAAGGAAAAACACAUGAAUCGCGGGUUGGAGCUACAACGACUUGCGUACCAAGAAAUCACACGAGCCAUGAGUGAUCCGAACCAAGCACACUCGGAUGCCACUUUUGCAGCAGUUGUGCAUAUUGGCAUGACUGAACCCUGGCAUACGAUGCGCAGUAGUGAAAGUGGUGUCAUGCACCUCAAAACAAGCAAAGUACUGAUUUGCCAUCGUGCAGAGAGUGGGCGUUGUAUGCCGCCCAGGUUUCUGACAAACUUGUUGAUUUAUUGGGACUUGUUGGUGAGUUUACAUUCUGAUACGACGCAUGAAGGGUAUACGACAGGCUUGCUGGCUGGUCCUGCAGCGGAUGCAGAGGCAAGCGACUAUAUCGAUCCAACACUCGGAUUGGCGUUUGACCUGUUUCCAGUAAUUAUUGAGAUGGAGACAUUCGUGCGGUAUGUGCGACUCCAUCCGUCGCCUGAAUCGUUGCCUAUGGCGCAUACACUUCACCACAGACUAGCGAGCUGGCGGCCGCAAGUGGAUGGUGAUCGAUUGAUUCACUGUACUGGGGUGUUUGAGACUGCUUCUCUACAGGACAUCUUGUUUACGGCUGAAGCAUAUCGUCAGACCGCAUUGCUGCUGCUAUUCAGGAUGGUUCCUGGUAUGCUGGCUACUAUGCAGUUACACGAAUCAGCACUUGGUUUAAUGGCAAGCCAAGUCAUUCGGCUGAUUCAAGCAAUUCAAGCAACGAGUCCUGUAUGUACGACACACCAGUGGGUGCUGUUUGUUGUGUCGCCUGAUGUGAAUAGUAUGGCGGAGCGUGCGUUUGUGCGGGAGCGCAUGUCUGGGUUGCUGGAUAAGAUUGGCAUAGAAGGGAUUCGGGAUGUGAUGCAGUACAUGGAGGAAGUUUGGCGGAGCACGGAUGCCGGGGUGGCGAGCAGUUUGUGGAUGGAGGAGAUAUAUCGUCGUCGCUUCUUCCCCUUGCUGGGUUAG